AUGGAUACAUUAAAAGAUUCAUUAAUAUGUCGUUUAUGUGGUAUAAAUCUUGUGGAAGAAAAAUGCAAAGAUAUUUUAGAAGAAUCAGCUGAUUUACUGCAUAAAAUAGCAGAAGUUUUACCAAUUUCAAUAUCUAUAGAUGAUAAUGGUUCAAAGCACGUAUGUUUGUCAUGCUAUGAUAAAAUUAUCCUUUACUACAAAUUCAUUCAAGAUGUAGCAGAACAUUCUAAGAAAUUAGAAAAUGUAUCGCAAGUAAAAACUUUUUUCAACUUAUCUAGAGAAGUUACAGACUUCUCAAAAAUUCAUAGUGAUGCUAUAUACACAUGUCCGAAUUGUAAUGUAGGUUUAAUGAUUUUAUUAGUCAGUAAUCCACCAAACUGUGAUUAUACCUUUCAAAUCGCAUUAGCUAUGAUAAAUGAUUCUGAAAGGAAUCAUAUUUUAAGGGAAAAAAGUAUACAAGUACACAACAAUGUAAUAAACUUCAGCAGUGUCAAGAAGAAUAAUAUACAUCCUAAAGAUGAAAGUAAAAUAGCAGACACAGAAAAUAUUAAAAAUAUUUUUAAUCAAGUGAGUCUUACAUUGCCUGUAUUACAACAAGAAGAAAAUACAAACUAUGUUGAUAGAUUAUGUGUUAAAGAAGACUUAGAGAUGAUGAUUAAAAAUGAAACAAAAAGCAAAUCUGAGAAAGCUAAAUUUUAUGAUGAUUCUAAUAGUCUAUCAAAACUACAGAAAUUGGAGGAAGUAUCAGAUGAAUUUAAUGAGAAUAUAUUGAACUGUAAACACAAUUCUACAGAAACAUUAAUAAAAACUGAACGUGAAAGCAAUAAUACUUAUUGCUUAGACAGUGAAAAUUAUAUUAAAAGUGAGAAAGAUACACAUAUAUCUGAAUUACAAGAUAUAAAAUUUGAAAAGGAUGAAACACAGGAAGAAAGUGAUAUUUAUAAAUCUUGUUUGAAGUAUGUAUGUAAAUUAUGUGGAGCACGUUACCUUUCUCUUUUGAAAUAUAAGUUUCAUAUGGAAAGACACAAAUUAGAUAAAAUAUACAAAUACGAAUGUAUAGUAUGUGAUAAAGAAGCAAGCAGUGAACAUUUAUUAUGGGAUCAUUACUUUCAUACACAUAAAAGUUUGCAACGUUAUAUAUGUACAGGCUGUGGAAAAUUCUUUAGAAAAAGAUCAAGAUUGAACAGCCACCAAAAAAUUUCCAAUCAUUCAGGUGUGAAACAAAUACGAGUUAAUCCUAAUGAUCACAAUGUCACCGACGAUAUUAUACAAAAAGCUAUAGCAACAACUGAAGAAGAAAAAACUUGUAUAAACUGUAAUCUCUGUGGAAAAUUAAUUUCUGAUUUAGAUCCAGAUGCCAUUAAUGAUGUAGUUACGUGCAUUGACUGUGAAGACUCUACACUUUCUUUAAUGGUGGAUGGAAAUGAGACAAAAGUAAUCUCUCCUCGACAAUACCACUGCUCUCAAUGUCCUAAACAUUUUGUGCGAAGAGAAAGAUUAGAGUUUCAUGAAAUGAGACAUAAUGAGAAUAUGAAUGAGUUUAUUUGUAGUACUUGCGGAAAAGAUUUUAGAGCAGAAAAUUCGUUAUAUGAACAUUACAUCUUUGUUCACAAAGGUGCAAGACCUCACAUUUGUGAACUAUGUGGUAAAUCAUUUCAGUUGAAGACUAGAUUAAAAGAACAUCAUCGAAUUCAUACAGGUGAAAAACCUUAUCAAUGUGAUGUAUGUGGUCAAAAAUGUAGAACCACAAACGCAUUAAGACUUCAUAGAAAAAUUCAUUUUUCUCAUAAUAGGUAUACUUGUAAUAUAUGUAGUAAGUCGUUUAGUAAGAAACAAAAUUUUAAUGAGCAUUUAGAAAAGCACUGGAAAAAUGAUAAAAAUGUGACAUUACCACAAUUAUUUAGAUGUCCAAUUUGCUUAGAAAAUUUUCCAACAUAUCGAAUGCUGAAAUACCACAUGGUAGAUAUUCACAAAAUAAAUAAACAGGAUCCAAUUCUAACAAAACAAAAGCCAUGGUACGAAUGUCAAGAAUGUCAUGAAAAAUUUAAACACCAAAUGUCUUUAAAGGCACAUAAAGAAAGAGCACACGAAGGUAGAGUAGAUCCACUCUAUCAGUGUGAUACAUGCAAUGCCACUUAUAGAGUCAAACAACUUUUAGUGAAUCAUAUCAGAAGUAAACAUAAUGGUGAAAGGCGCUACAAGUGUGCACAAUGUGAAAAGGGAUUUAAUGAUACAAAAUCUUUAUACAAUCACGUACUGUUACACACUGGGAAGAAACCGUUUAUUUGUGAAUACUGCAAUAUGAGAUUUAGACGAAAAGAUUCUAGAGAUCUACAUCGCAGGAGGCACACAGGCGAACAACCUUAUCAAUGUCCAGAUUGCGGUGAAUCAUUUUCCACUUAUAACAGCCGAUCUAAGCAUCGAAAACGCGAACAUGGGGAAGGAGAUCCUGAUUGUCCUGAAUGUGGUGAAAAAUGUAACAAUCAACAGGAAAUUAGAAUUCAUUUAAAUAAACAUCUUGGGGAAAAAUUACAGAAAUUGCAAACCAAAAACUAAAGAGACAUAGAAUUCAGAGUUAUUCAAUCUGUAAGAA